CUAUACAGUUCACUGGUCCGGACGAUUAAAAUUUUGACGCUCUCGAUUUACGAACGCACCCUGUUCUAAAAAAUCCAUAGUUAUGUCAGAUGCUAUGGUCAGAUGUCAGUGUAUUUGUCAAUUUAAGUGACAUUGGCAAGGAGCAGUCAUAACAUAACAUUUUGUGAAUCGACUUUAAAUUGAUUUUUAUUUUUUAUUGAAUUUGUGAGUCCAUUUUUAGAAAAAAUUAAUACCUAGCGAUUAUGAAAUAAUAUUGUUUCAAAAAAUAAUAGAUAAGACUAUGUUAUAUGUUUAAAUUUAAGUGUAAGCAUUAAAAUAUAAUGGAUCAUUUAGCUCAAGAUUUGACUGUUGCCUUAGAAGAAUCCGAGAAUUGUGUUUCUAUAAACAUCGUAAGCGCUGGUAAAUGGGGAAUGAGACGAAGAACAAGAUCUGCGGGAAAUUUACGUAAAUAUUUAGGCAAACAUUUUGUCCCACAAGAUAAAAGUUACCUUUCAGAUUUGUAUGUAAACAAGCCUGGUGACAAUUCAGAUGCUAGUUCAAGUAGUAAUUCAGAAAUCAGGACUGAAAAACAUCGAAAUAAGUUAGUAAGCUUCCACCAGUCCGAUUCAGAUGAUAUGACAUUUAGCAUUUCAGUGGCAAAGAAUUUAAAUCCCAGAACAUCAUUGAGGAUGCGAAAUCCAAUGUACAAUUUUUUAAAAGGUGUCAAUCAUUGCUUAGAAAGUGAUUCUGUAAAUGAACACUCUCCAGCUAGACCAAAUAUUCGAAGGAAACGAAAAUUUAAAAGGAUGAGUGUUGAUCAAACUCCUGUGGCUCCUUGUGGAAAGAGGAAACGGUCUCAAAGACUGGAAAUCGUGGAUAACGGGAAAUUUAUAAGGCACGGCGUAAAGAUCAAACCAUUACAUCAAAGUUUAGUCGAUAAAAUUGAAAAAUUCUGUCUACCAUCCAGUGCAGUCGAUGUCAAUUCAAUGGAGACUCAAAGUUUCGAUGAGAACUGCGAAGUAGCCAGCGAGAGCAGCAUCAGUUGGAGCGGCGGAGAAGGUCACGAAGGCGAUGAUGAACUCACAGAUUGGGCCCCAUCAUUGGACAAUUCGUCAACGAUGGAUCAAUCGUUCAAUGAUUCCGACCCAAGGGAAAUAAGAGCAGGUUGCAGGCGGUUAAGGGAAGAACGACCAGGCUUCAGUAUUAAUACGAGCGCAAACGAAAGAGUAUCAAAAUUUUUGCAGGAUACUUCGAAGUCUGAGUUGCGAUUAUACGGAGCUGAGCGUGAGAAAUUGGGGCAGUUGGCGAAUUUGUAUUCUUUAGAUUUGUGGUUCGAAAGUCCGAGUUCGUCUCUGUUAAGGAAAACAAAUAAGACACCUGCCAUGCAGCCCACCCAAAGGCAUCAUUCUGGUCUUACUGCUGUGCACAAGAAAAUUAGAACGCAGAACCACCACAAGUGUAUGUAAUAUUUAAUAAUGUCGUUUGUGAAUUAAGUUAUUUAAAUAUUAUUAAUGUAGGUAUAAGAAAAUAAUGUAUAUAAAUAGAAAAUUCGAAUUUAA